UUCUUUUCAUUUUGUACAAUUCAUGCAUCAUAUUUGGAUUGCGUGUUAUGGUAAUAAUAAAGCGGUUACAUGUCUCCUGAAUAUGCACUAAGUGGACUCUUCUCAACGAAGUCUGAUGUAUUUAGUUUUGGAGUGAUCAUACUCGAAAUAAUUUGUGGAAAGAAAAACACAGCAUUUUAUCAGCAUGAAGAAGUCUCAAACCUUUUAGGCUAUGCAUGGAAAUUAUGGAAUGAAGGGAAUGCAAUGGAUUUAUUAGAUGACUCAAUACUAGUAGAAUGCUCUAAGGAAUGUGAAGUGUUGAAGUGCAUAAAUGUUGGGUUGUUAUGUGUUGAAGAAGAUCCAAAUCAUCGUCCUAGCAUGCCUAAUGUAUUUCUAAUGUUGACAGAUGAAAGUAUGAAUCUACCUAAACCAAAUCAACCAGCUUUUGUUACAAGAAAUCGGAUUUUCAAUGACUCUACUACUCUAGAAUCUGAUAAACUGUGCUCCAAUCAAUUGACGUUUUCAGAACAAGAAGGUCGAUAGGGAUUUGUAAUAAUACUAUAAUAAGUUGUUUGCUUUAUAA